AUGGGGAGCCCAGGGGCCAGCCUAGGCAUCAAAAAGGCUCUGCAGAGUGAACAGGCCACAGCACUGCCUGCCUCUGCCCCAGCACUCAGCCAGCCGACGGUGCCUGCUCCCUUCUUGCCCAAGGCCGGGCAAGUCAUCCCCGCUCUGCUUCCAGAGGACCCGUUUUCCAGCGUGAUUGCGCCGACACUGCUCUGUGGGUUUCUCUUCUUGGUGUGGGUUGCUGCUGAGGUUCCAGAGGAGAGCAGCAGGAUGGCCGGGAGCAGAGCCAGGAGUGAGGAAGGCCGCCGGCAGCAUGCCUUUGUCCCGGAACCUUUUGAUGGGGCCAAUGUUGUCCCAAACCUCUGGCUGCACCGCUUUGAAGUCAUCAACGACCUCAACCAUUGGGACCAUAUCACCAAGCUAAGGUUCCUGAAAGAGUCCCUCAGAGGAGAGGCCCUGGAUGUCUACCAUGGGCUCAGUCCCCAGGACCAGGGAGACUAUGGGACUGUGAAAGAGACCCUCCUGAAGGCCUUUGGGGUCCCUGGGGCUGCCCCCAGCCACCUGCCCAAAGAGAUCGUCUUUGCCAACAGCAUGGGUAAGGGCUACUAUCUCAAGGGGAAGAUUGGCAAAGUGCCCGUGAGGUUCCUGGUGGACUCUGGGGCCCAGGUCUCUGUGGUCCACCCAAACUUGUGGGAGGAGGUCACCGAUGGCGAUCUGGACACCCUGCGGCCCUUUGAGAACGUGGUAAAGGUGGCCAAUGGUGCUGAAAUGAAGAUCCUGGGUGUCUGGGAUACAGCAGUGUCCCUAGGCAAGCUGAAGCUGAAAGCACAGUUCCUAGUGGCCAACGCGAGUGCCGAGGAAGCCAUCAUUGGCACUGAUGUGCUCCAGGACCACAAUGCUGUCCUGGACUUUGAGCACCGCACAUGUACCCUGAAAGGGAAGAAGUUCCGCCUUCUGCCUGUGGGAGGGUCCCUGGAAGAUGAGUUUGACCUGGAGCUCAUAGAGGAGGACCCCUCCUCAGAAGAAGGGCGGCAGGAGCUAUCCCAUUGAGAAGCCACCUUUUCUUUAACCUACUAAAUAUUGGUGGGAAGACCCACUGCUGUUUGGGGGGGGGGGCAUAUCCUAUGGGGGUCACUGGGCUUGGCCAGUCUGCUUAUCCACUCUUGCUCUUCCCUCCACUCUGCCUCCCUCUGCAGGGGCCUUAAUCUGCCCCUGGUUGGGGAGGCUUCCACUGAAUAGGCACAGGUGAGGGAGAGCAGGCUGGCUUAGAGGGACAGGGUCCCCAUGGUCAUCAAGCUGCUAUUGAUGACAAAGACUUGAAGGCUGGAAGAGUUCCCAAGGAAGCUAGAAAUGCUUGUCUUUGAAAGAAUUGUGGGACCCCUUCAGAUCCCCUGAGGUAUGGCUUGGUCCCUCUCAGGUUCUCAAAGCCUGUCUCAGCUGGGCUGGGUCCUAGCUGCAAGGUCUUUGUGAGGGUCACAGUUGCUCUGGGACACCUCCCUGAAGAGCCUUUCCACCUGUACAAUGGUAUUUUCUUUCUGUCAUUUGCUUUGAAGCCCGUUGUGCCUUGUGCCAAUAAUUCUAUUGCUGCAAACACCAAUAAAGAUUGAUUCAUGGAAAAA